AUGGCUACCAGCAACGAUCUUCGGGGCUGGGUGAUGAGCAUUGUCUCAGGCAUUGCUUGUGUCCUGGGAUCCUCGGUCAUCUGCGCCGAUCUGGUAGUGCGGCGGGUAACUCGCGAUAAGAGCUUCCAGAUCGCCAACAGCAAUAACUUUCUGUCGGCCUCACUAUGUCUCAGUGCAGGUGUAAUGCUCUUCACCUCUUUGUAUAGUAUGCUUCCUACCUCGCAGAACUACCUCGCUCGCGCCGGCUUCUCUCCCUCCCAGUCGGCGUAUAUUUUGAUCGGUCUCUUUCUUGCCGGCGUUAUCGUGAUCCGGCUUGUCUCCAGCUUCAUUCAUCGUUUCAUCCCAUCGCAUGUGGUCGAUUGCGCACACAGCCAUGCAUCCCCGGAACAAGAUCCCGAGCGUGGCGAAACGCAACGACAUGGGCAUGAUAACCAUACCCAUACUCAUGCCAAUGGUAAUACGGAAAGGACCCCUCUUUUACGACCAUCGCAUCCUCAGGCUUUCAAAUCUACACCAGCCGUGCUGCAACGUACAAGCUCCGGUUCCAAGUCCGUCAAGCGGGAAUCGUUACGCGCGAUCCUGGCGCGCCGUCUGAGUGCACUGGUUGGUGGCGCCAAGCCGAUCUGCGACGAGAAUGGACCUUGCUAUGGAGUUUCGCAAACAUGUGGCCAGGAAUGCACCAAGGUGCUUCCGAAACUUACUCCUCCGCCGUCAAUCUGCACGGAUGAAGUCGUACGACCGGGUCUGGUCCCACAACAUCAAAGUAUUGCGGUGCAUCUGGACUCGGAGCGGGACCCUGGUGUAGAUUCGAACGUGGAUUCAGUUCUGGCGACAACCGACACGGGUUACUAUGAUGCGAUAUCUGCUCAGCAUCCUCUUCAUUGUGCAUCUGCAAGUGCCAGUGUACCCGCAUCUUCUUCCUCGUCGCAAAUACAUCAUAAUUCAGACGAAACUACAAAUAACCAUUCCAAUACUAACUCGCAUCAUAAUCACCAUCAUCACCAUGAAGAUAUUGAUUCGGCAGCUAAAUCUGCCACAGACACCACACAUCAUCAUCACGUCCCGCAGAACGCAUUCCUCUCUAUCGGUCUUCAAACCUCCCUUGCCAUCGCUUUGCACAAACUUCCAGAGGGAUUUAUUACAUACGCGACCAACCAUGCUAACCCAACCCUCGGUUUUACCGUAUUCCUUGCUCUAUUCAUCCAUAACAUUGUCGAGGGUUUCGCUAUGGCACUACCCCUGUACCUGGCGUUGAACUCUCGAUGGAAAGCCAUGUUUUGGUCCAGUCUACUCGGUGGUAUCAGUCAGCCGGCAGGUGCUGGUCUUGCCGCCCUCUGGAUUUGGACCUCCGGACAUACCGGAAAAGACUCCACAGGCCCCUCGUGGGGUGUAUAUGGAGGCAUGUUCGCUGCUACAGCUGGCGUGAUGACCUCUGUCGCUCUACAACUGUUCAGCGAGGGCUUGACACUGACUCACCACCGAAACAUGGGCAUUGGAUUUGCCAUUGCUGGUAUGGGCUUGAUGGGUGUAAGCUUUGCCCUGACGGCAUGA